AUUAUUUACGACAGUGUAAAGAUCUCAUUAACAUUUAAGUUAAAGUAUAAAAAUAACUCUUAAUUAUUUAGUUAAACUUACAGUUCUGUAAGAAAGAAGAUCUUGAAACCACAAGAUGCAUUUAAAAAAUCAACUUAAAGAAAAAGGAUAUGACACUGAAAAGGACAAGGCGCUUCAUUCGGCUACUAUUGAAGAAGCGAUCACUGCUACAGGUUUCGGCAAAUACAACCUUGGUCUCAUGCUGGUGUGUAGCUGGACGUUGCAGGCUAUGGGUAUGGAUUUGUUCGGCACCAGCUUCGUGGUUGCGGCGGCGGUCUGCGACCUGGAGCUGAGUAUGCAACAGAGAGCUUUGUUGACGGCUACUCCGCUUAUAGGCGUGGUUCUCGGAGCACAACUUUGGGGUUACGUCUCCGACACCAAGGGUCGCCGGCUAACCCUUGUACUCUCCAUGUCUAUUGGCUUCGUGUUCGCAGCCCUCAGUAGCUUUGCUCCGAAUUGGAAGAUUAUGGCACUGCUUAAACUAGUAUCUUCUACCUUUACCUCAGCCAGUAACUCCGCUUCCUACACUCUGCUUGGAGAGAGUUGUCCUGAAUUCUAUCGCGGUCGCACAAUGCUUCUCUGCAACUGUUUUCUCAUGUGUUCGCAGGCUGUUGUUGCUUUAUUUGCCUAUCCAAUACUUCCAUUGGAGUUCGUGUAUUGGAUUGAUUUCCUUAGCAUCAAGUACCGAUCCUGGCGUCUCCUAGCUCUUGUCAUGUCUCUGCCCUGCGCAGCCACGGCCUGUUUACUGCAACUGUUCCACGAAAGUCCCAAAUUUUUGGUCUCAAUAGGAAAAAACGAAGAAGCCAUAGAAGUACUAAAGAAAAUAUACGCAUGUAAUAGUGGCAAUAAAGCUAACACCUUUAAUGUCAAGAAAAUCGUGGACAAAGCCGAGCAAUCCUCAGAGAAAGAAUCAUUCUUUAAGACUAUGUGGCAUCAGACAGCCGCCCUGUUUAAACCUCCUCUACUUAAAGUUACUCUGAAGCUCUUUUAUUUAGUCGCCAUCAUUUACAUGACUGGGAGUGGCUUCAUUCUUUGGCUGCCAUACAUUAUGAACAAUCUAUUUUCGGUUCUGGAAGCCGGAGGAGGACAAGGCAUGAAUCUUUGCACUAUCAUCAGAUACUCAACUGAAAGUGUUGGCGUCUCAGGAAAUGACACGAUGAUCCAGGAAGUAUGUAACGAUACAAUUCAGGACACGACCCUCUUCUCUGCUAUGACGUACGGUGCCUUGGCGAGUUCUAGUAACCUAGUGCUCUCUCUCACUUGCGGUUCAAGAAAGCGCUUUGCUAUGAUCUGCAUCGUAACAACAUCCGCUGUAGCUGCUGUACUCCUGAACGUCAUUGCUACUCCCAUCGCAGGUGGCAUCUUCUUCUUCUUCUUCCUUCUCUGUGCCCUCUCUAUGGGAAUUUUAAGUGUGUAUUUUGUGGAAUUAUACCCUACUUCAUUGAGAGGAAUGGCGUCCUGUUUGUCGGUGAUGCUGGGAAGAUCUAGCGCGUUUCUUGGUGUGAAUGCGAUUGGAGCUCUUAUCUCUGCCAAUUGUGAGGCGACGUUCUACGGCUGGGCUGUUUUAUUACUUACUGCCGUUGUAUUGUCCUGGUAUUUACCCAAGGACAAGGUUCCAAAUAAAUGAAAUACUCGAUUUAAUGAUGUAGCCAUCAGAAAUUGUCUGGAAGAAAAGUUUCUGGCAAAAUGGAUAUCAGGUAAAAACUGUCUGAGUCUCAGGGGAAAGUUUUUAGUACUAGUCACUGUGAAUAUAAUUAUAAUUUCAAAGAAUUCCCGUAAGGUUAAAAAUAAACUUAUUAUUAUUAACUAAAUAAACAUUAGUUUAAGGUAAUUAUUGAAAAGUCUGAAACUAUAUAAUAUGAUUAAUUUUGAUUUCCAAAGAAAAUAACAUUAUAUAUAUAAAUUACACUAAAUAAAUAAUUUGAGACUGUCAAAUUUUUAUAAAAAAAAAAAACAAAUAAUUUACCUAUUGGGCAACAAUAAAAAAGCGUAUUUAUCAUUUUAAGAUUGUAAAUAAUAUGUGAUACUGUGUUUAAAUGUUUUUAUUGUAUAUGAUCUUUACU